UCCUUUUUAAAAAUGGCUGCGCCCUAGCGAAUGUCACGAUAUAUUUUACUACGUCGAGUUCCUAGCAAGUGCUUUUUUCUCUUUUCUGUCGUAUAAAAAUCCAUAAAAUUUUACGUAAUCGGUUGACCUGUUUUGCCGGGUGCAUUUAAACAUGGUCCACCUAACAUCGUUCCUACUGAAGACGUACCAUGGAGGUCACGUUGUCAUACGAUUGGCAAUGGCUGGCCACAAACAGUCAAACAGACCCUUCUAUCGCAUUGUGGCUGCUUACAAUAAGCGUGCAAGAGACAGUAAAUACAUAGAGCAGCUGGGCUCUUAUGACCCUCUGCCCAACAUAUACAAUGAGAAACUGGUCAGCUUCAACUAUGACAGGAUCAAGUACUGGAUGGGUUGUGGUGCACAUCCAACAAAGCCGGUGGCCAAACUUCUAGGAUUGGCUGGGUUCUUUCCUCUGCAUCCCAUGACGGUUACAGAGGCAGAGCGCCGAAGGUCCCUGGCCAAAUUACCAGAGGGAGCUGCUCCAGAGAAUGAAGUUAAACAGCAGGAACUAUGAGAUCUGGAGGGUUUGGGACUGCCUAGCAAGCCGGACGUGAAAAUUGUACAUAUGCCAUUCACCUCAAAAGUUGUUUUUCAGUCUAUGAAUAUUCAAAAAUAGUACUUUCCCUGCAAGGUUCUUGUGCUGCGAAGCUCAAUAAUGAAUAUGUUUGUUUGAUUAACUGUAUUUGUGGUCAAUUAAAGUAAUUAAUUAGGAUGGUGUUUAGGAUACUUUCACUGUUUUUGAGUCUGAUAUUUGUUCUCAAAAAUCCUAACCCCAACACUUGGAUAUGGAAUUUGUGCAGUAGGAUAACCAAUGUGGGGGAGCACUUUUAAAGAGUGGGUGUGUUGAAAAGAUCUACAACGAUUUAACUUUCUGUCCUUAAUGUUAGAUGUUUUACACAAGGUCUUGUUUUUGGUGACACUAAAUACUUACUGCAAUAACACAAGUAUGUAUGUGUCCUAGUGAAGCAUUUACUUUCUGAAAUGCUGAGAGAAUAAGGAAAUUAAUGCAUUAGUACCACUUCACGUGAUUGAUAUUGGUCUUUACCUAACUGGUGUGUUCAAGUGGUGUUAUACAGAAUGUUGCAAAACCUAUGAACACAUUUCCACAAUCACCUCUUAAUAUGAAAAGGCAAAUCAGUUCCCUUCCAAAAUUACAGUAUAACAUAAGGUGGUGUUUACUGUCUCAGUUCCAAAGCAUAUGUUUGGAAUAUCUGACUGCCCUAUCAGGAGAUAUGCUUAUUUUAAUUAUUUGUAAUGUCAUCGAAGGCACACCUAACAAUACCCAUACCAAAAAUGAAAUAUAUUGGCUUUCUGGAGUUAUAACUGGAGGGCUGCAGUCUUUUGUAUGCCCUUAGUGAAAUUGUGUUAGAUAGUUAUCUUGUUCCCUGACACUUCCACCCAAAUUUAGAUGCUUGGUGGAACACUUAGAUCAACAUGGCCUUCAUUACCCAAUAAGAUGUGAACCAUUCCAGUUUUGAUAUAUGGAUUGGUUUAAUCAGCCUCCACAACAAGUUACCCCCUGUAUUUUUACAGCUGUGUGAGCAUACAGCGCACCUGAGCUUUCUCGCUAGCACUGACUCGCAGCAUAACAGCAGUUCUUAGCUUCAGUGUUCAGUGUCUUAACCAGUGUUAAAAGGCUACAAGUCUUUUCAAACUGAUUAGCAGACCAGUGUGAGGGUUUAAUGUGGAUUUUCUCAGGCACAAAUUGCUUAUGUUUUAUAAAAUCGAACUUAAGGUAUUAA